GCUCCGUGUCACAGCUGUCAUAUGUUUGACAGUUGCUUUUGGUUUCUUAAACAAGGAAAAAUAAAGGUUUAAUAUGCGUCUAAAAUAAAGUCCCAAUUUUAUAAACCAUAUGUUCUGCUGAACCGAUAUUACAGUAAUAAGCAGGCAAACGCACUCGAUAAAUGGAGCAUACAGGCAAUAGAGUAAUAUUGGGAAUUUUCUCGAAGUAAAUAAAUAUAAUUCGUAAAUAAGUUUAUGUUUAUUAGCAACAGAAUAGCGCGAAGUGGCGCAUUUUCUGAUAGCGAUUGAAAUAAAAGGACACGACAGUCACGAUUCUAAUCACAUUUGCGCGAAAUACGUGGUCGCGAAGAGCGGCGCUUUAGUAUCGGUCCGGUUUUUGAAGAAAUAUGGCGGAUGUCGAGUUAGCAAAAGCUCUAAAGGAUCUACCGAAUCGAGUUCAGACCGCCAGCAAAAAGGAGCGGCGUGAGGUUUUGCAAAAUGUCGUCAGCGUGUUGUCAAAUCCCGGCAUUAACGAGAAAAUUGUCAACGGAGUAUGUAAAAUUCUAUCGCUUACCUUACAUAGGUACAAAGACAGUGCUUCGCAAUCCUACGUGAGAAACCUGAUCGUAGAAUUGCUUAAGAAACAACCAGAAGCAACUGUCAAACAUAUGACAGCUGUGAUCACGGAGCAAGCCAUUUGGCACAAGAAUGUGGUUGCUACUUUAAAUACCUCUUUAACUGCAUAUGUUGCAUUGAAAUGGUCGACGUUAGUUAUUCUCUAUGGAUAUAACAAAGAAAUGGAUAUUACUCAGAUCUUACCAAAGCUCAUCGAAGCUCAAGCAAAUCUAUCUGCUGCAGCUGUUGCAUCUGGUGAUGUGAAGCUUUCAAACAAGGUAUACAUGUUACUUGUUCAUGAAUGGACAAUUAUGAAAGACAUAGAGAUUAUAUAUGUGGAAAAUUUAACAAAACUGGAAAUUGGGAAUGGUACGAUAAUUUUGGCGAGUUUGCUCACCAAAUAUCUAGUUGUCUCCAAGAGGAACGAUCUGGUGGAACAGCUGAAGGUAAACAUGUUAGAUGUAUUUAUUAAAGUAACUAUCAGUUGCAAGAAGAAACCGGACUUAUAUGUAGUCGACGUAGCCGUACCGCUUCUUCGACGAUUGACCCAUGAGGAAUUCAAGAACCAAUUGCUUCCCGCCCUGCAGAAAGCUAUGUUGCGGAAUCCAGAAAUUAUAAUCGAAUCGGUCGGUCACAUAUUGAACGGACUGAGUCUCGACCUUAGCCAAUAUUGCCUAGAGAUUAGCAAAGGGCUGUUUGCCAAUCUACACUCCAAAGAAGACUUGGUGCGUGACAAAGCGGUCGGGGCUUGUCGCAAACUUGCUUUGCAAUGUUCCGAUACCACGGCUUUGGAGUCGCUGUUGUCAUCAGUGUUUGCGGUAUUCCACGGCUCCGAGGGCAAGCUCACAGUCGCGACUCACAAGAUCUCCGUGCUGCAAGGAGCCGGCAAUCUCAGCUACAACGCGGCGUCGGGCAGCAGCGUGCAGAAAUUGGCGGAGACUGCGUGUGAGCAUUUCGUCAAAGUCCUUGAGACCGAGGUGCACGAGAAGACGUUGAUACACGCUCUGGAGAUGAUGGCACUGUGGUCGAAGAAGUUCUCGUCCAAUGUGCCCAAGAGCGUGGUGGACGCGUUCAAGAAAGGAAUGGCGGCGAAAACAUCCACCGCUGCGGUGCGCACUGCUUACAUUAAGCUGUUCUUCUCGACUUCCGCCACCUCUUACGCGAGCGUGAUAGCACCAACUCUCGCGCAGGCGAUAAGCAGAGCUAUGCAGCAGUGCGCGCAGCCAACAGCGGUGACCGAGGGUCUGGUCGCCUCAUAUCUGCUGCUGAAGUUCGUGCUGGCCGACCAAGUGGAGAACGAUAAGCAGAGUGUGCUGUGGAGCGCGAUUGAUGAGCAGAUCUUUUUCUCUGAGAAGUUCCUGUCGACCUGCGGCGACGACAUCUUGUAUCAUCUGAUGUUGCUUUGCGAACGACUUGUCGGCGAGUUCUCCGAUAGAUUGAACGAGAAAGCGUUGAACGGAGUUCACCGCGCUGUCGUGUCCUGCGCGACCGCGCCGAAUUCCACCACGAGACAACGGUGCUUCCCGUUGGUGAAGAAAGUCAUGACCGGCUUGAGCACUUACGCACCGGCACAGGCUCUCCUGGCGGAAUUCAACAAGUUUCUAGAAAAUGUUAAGAUCAAGUCGGAGACGGACAAAGAGAGCAGAGAGGAAUCCUCGAUGGGGGAGAUCACCGGUCGGUGUCUCGCGGACGGUUUGUUCGCCCUGUGCUCUGGCUCUUUCUUGUUCGACGUUCCCGCCAUGCAGAUGACCAGAGACGCCUUGCUUCCGUCCCAUCAUCCGGCGUUGCUCAAGGCUAUGCCGAAUUUGUGGUUUAAGAUAGCCAAGAACUACAAUCUCGUGCCCAAGGACUUCCUGCGUAGCUACAGCAGCGAAGUGAGGAAGAUGUUGAUUCAGAACUACAGACCGCUGGCGAAUUACGAGAACGCGCUCAUAAAGGUUGUGUCCUUGGCGCCGGACGCUUUUCUGCCCGCAUUAGUAUCAAACGUGACUAGUAAGCUGGACGAUCCAGAGAUUCUGAGAGUUACCAAGGACGAGUAUUUCACGUAUCUCACUCCCGAGGGUGAGCUUUAUGACAAGAGUGUGUUGCCUGUCAACGACGAGAAUGACAUUCUCAAUUCAAUGAACAUGAAGAGAGAAAGUAAAGUUUAUUCAUUCAAGGAACAACAGGAGGAGCUUCAGCUACGGCGCGAGUUGUACGAGAAACGGAAGAGGGAAGGUAAGAUCAAGGAACCAAAGCUGACGCCGAAGCAAGAGGAGACUCUGAAGGCGCAGAUUGCGAAGGAAAACGGCAUUCGCAAGAGAUUGACAGAGUUGAAAGUCAAGAUCGACACUGCAGUGUCUCUAGUCACAUGCUCGAUACGUGGUAAUCGACAGGAAUUGUCUCUGUACCUGAAGGACUUCCUGCCGUCGAUCUUGAAGAACCUGGGUUCUCCGUUAGCUGCACCUGAGAUGGCAGAGCUUUUUUUGGCUCUUCGUCAAACUGUGACAAUAGACAACAGCGCGAUCUUGGGCGAUCUAAUCGCUCACGUCACACUGCGGCAACUACAGCCGCAAUGUGACCUGGACCCAGCCUGGGAAGAGGAAAAUCUCGACGUGGCGGUAAAGAGAACAUUGAAUUUGAUCCAUACGGUAACGAUCAAAAAGAAGGAGUUAUUCACGGCCUCCGCCUUCUGCUAUGUGUUCCCGUUCGUGAGGAAGACUCUGUUGACAUAUAAGGACGACGGUAUGAUUGUACAAGGAUUGCAACUGAUACAGGAACACGCCAAGCAGAGAGGCAGCACCAACGAGCUGAAGGACCCGAGGCAUCCCAGACUCUUGCCUCGCAAACAGAUGUUCGACCUGCUAAUCGAACUAAUGGAGAAAACAACCGGUCGGGUGCAGUCUCACGCGGUCGCGACUUUGCUGGACGUCGCACAUUCUGGUAGCGGCCAACCUGGCACGGCAAUCGCGACCAGCGAGGACAUUGACUCUCUGAUCGGCGCGCUGCAGAACUCAUUGUCCACUGUGAGGGACGCCGCUCUCCGAGGAUUGGCAGUGAUACGCCAAGCUUUCCCAUCUCACAAAAAAGAUCAGGAUCAACUAGACAGGCUCACCAGGAGAGUAUGGAUCGCCCGGUUUGAUGUGAGCGACGAGAACAAGAUUCUCGCCAACGAGCUGUGGAACGCGGCCGAGCUGACCGCGCGAGCAGAGGUACUCUGCGACGAAUUGAUCCAAGACAUCGCGCACCCCGUGGAGCCGGUGCAGCAAGCGGCCGCGCACGCGCUGGCACAGUGUUUGGCCACUGUACCGCAUCUCACGCCGUCCGUUUUGGAUAAUGUGCUGCAACUCUAUCAAGAGAAACUGGCCAUGAUUCCGCCAAAACUGAACGACUUUGGUCGUGUGAUCGAGCAACCAAUUGACACGUGGGGACCACGACGCGGAGUAGCUCUCGCAUUGGCGCAGAUAGCGCCGCUUCUCACCGCCGACACGAUACACCGGCUUGUACAAUUCUUCGUCUCGACCGGAUUGGGCGACAGGAAUCAAUCUGUGCGCACGGAGAUGCUGACUGCCGCAGUCGCCGCGGUCGACCUUCACGGCAAGGUCAACGUGACCUCUUUGUUGCCUGUGUUCGAGGAUUUCAUGGACAAGGCGCCGAAGAUUGGCAGUUUCGACUCGAUUAAACAGUCGGUCGUUAUCCUCAUGGGUUCCUUGGCGAGACAUUUGGACAAAGACGAUCUGCGCAUCAAGCCCAUCGUGAUGCGACUGAUAGCCGCGCUCUCCACCCCGUCGCAGCAGGUGCAAGAGGCCGUGGCGAAUUGCCUGCCGCACCUAGUACCUUCCAUCAAGGAGGAUGCGCCGAAAAUCGUGGAUAAUUUAAUGGAUCAAUUGCUGAAGUCUGAUAAAUAUGGUGAGCGUAAAGGCGCGGCUUACGGAUUGGCGGGUAUCAUCAAGGGCAUGGGGAUACUUGCGCUCAAGCAAUUGGACAUCAUGACCACGUUGACCAACGCUAUCCAGGACAAGAAAAACUACCGACAUCGCGAGGGAGCGCUAUUCGCCUUCGAGAUGUUAUGCACGAUGCUCGGAAGGCUAUUCGAACCUUAUAUCGUUCACGUACUGCCGCAUUUGCUGUUAUGCUUCGGUGAUUCAAGUCAGUAUGUGAGAGCCGCCACCGACGACACUGCCCGGGUGGUUAUGAGCAAGCUCUCUGCCCAUGGUGUCAAACUCGUUCUGCCCAGUCUGCUAGCGGCUUUGGAGGAAGACUCGUGGAGGACGAAAACGGGAUCCGUCGAGUUACUGGGCGCAAUGGCUUACUGUGCACCGAAACAGUUAAGCAGCUGCUUACCAAGUAUCGUGCCCAAACUAAUAGAAGUGCUAAGUGAUUCCCACACGAAAGUGCAGGAGGCCGGCGCAGAGGCUCUCAAGGUCAUUGGCAGCGUCAUCCGUAAUCCGGAGAUCCAAGCCAUCGUGCCGGUACUCUUGAAAGCGUUGCAAGAUCCUUCGCAUAAGACCGCCACCUGCUUGCAAACAUUACUGGACACUCAAUUCGUGCACUUUAUCGACGCUCCCUCGUUAGCUUUGAUCAUGCCCGUGGUGCAGCGUGCUUUUCUCGACCGCUCCACUGAAACCAGGAAGAUGGCCGCGCAGAUCAUCGGCAACAUGUAUUCGUUGACGGACCAGAAAGACUUGACCCCGUAUUUGCCAACUAUAAUCCCAGGUCUGAAGACGAGUCUGCUGGAUCCUGUACCCGAAGUCCGCAGCGUGUCAGCGAGAGCGUUAGGCGCAAUGGUGCGCGGUAUGGGAGAAUCAAGUUUCGAGGACCUACUGCCUUGGCUGAUGCAGACUCUCACCUCGGAGAGUAGUAGCGUCGAUAGAUCCGGUGCCGCUCAGGGUCUCUCGGAGGUGGUGCGUGGGCUGGGAGUCGAGAAGCUUCACAAGCUCAUGCCCGAGAUCAUCAGCACGGCAGAGAGGACCGACAUCGCGCCUCAUGUGAAAGAUGGUUAUAUCAUGAUGUUCAUAUACAUGCCAAGCGCUUUCACUACGGAAUUUACACCGUACAUCGGUCAGAUCAUCAACCCCAUACUCAAGGCUCUUGCUGACGAGAACGAAUACGUGCGGGAGACCGCUUUGAGAGCAGGGCAACGUAUCGUGAAUCUUUACGCCGACUCUGCUAUAAUGUUGCUUUUGCCGGAACUGGAGAAAGGUCUUUUCGACGAUAACUGGCGCAUCCGUUAUUCGUCCGUGCAGCUGUUGGGCGAUCUGCUGUACAGGAUCUCCGGUGUGUCCGGCAAGAUGUCAACGGAGACCGCAAGCGAAGACGACAAUUUCGGCACCGAACAAUCGCACUACGCUAUCAUAAACGCUCUGGGCGCCGAGAGACGGAAUCGUGUAUUAGCUGGCUUGUAUAUGGGUCGUUCAGACGUAGCUCUGAUGGUGCGCCAAGCGGCUCUUCACGUUUGGAAGGUUGUAGUGACCAAUACGCCGCGAACUCUACGAGAGAUACUACCGACACUAUUCACUCUCCUGCUAGGAUGCUUAGCGAGCACAAGUUAUGAUAAGAGACAAGUAGCCGCCCGGACAUUAGGCGACCUGGUUCGGAAACUAGGAGAGAGAGUUUUGCCAGAGAUCAUACCUAUCUUGGAGAAAGGUUUGCAGAGUGAUCAAGCCGAUCAGCGACAAGGAGUGUGCAUUGGUCUGUCGGAGAUCAUGGCGAGCACCAACAAAGACAUGGUCUUGACCUUUGUUAUAAGUCUUGUGCCGACGGUGAGAAAAGCACUUUGCGACCCGUUACCUGAAGUUCGGCAGGCUGCGGCAAAAACUUUCGACGGUCUGCAUUCCACGGUGGGCGUUCGCGCUCUUGACGAUAUAUUACCGGCUAUGUUAACGCAAUUGAAUUCGCCCGAUACGGCCGAGGCGGAAAACACGUUGGACGGCUUGCGCCAAGUGAUGGCGAUCAAGUCGCGCGUCGUACUGCCGUAUCUGGUCCCGCAGUUAGCUUCACCGCCGGUUAACACGAAAGCACUCUCGAUACUGGCCAGCGUGGCAGGUGAAGCAUUGACACGGUUCCUUCACAGGAUCUUGCCAGCAUUACUCACUGCUCUUUCCAGUGCUCAAGGAACCGCGAAUGAGCUGCAGGAGCUCGAAUACUGUCAAGCCGUCGUGCUUUCCGUUACCGACGAAGUAGGCGUUAGGACUGUGAUGGAUCAGUUGAUGGAAGCCACGAGAGCGGAGGAUCUCUCAAAACGGCGAAGCGCCGCGACAUUACUCUGCGCGUUUUGUCGUGAUACUCGCGCAGAUUACAGUCAAUAUGUGCCGCAGUUGUUAAGAGGUCUGAUCCAUCUGUUCACCGACGAGGAUAAAGACGUGUUGCAAAUGAGCUGGGAGGCGCUCACUGCCGUAACCAAGACUCUAUCGUCGGAGCAACAGAUAGCACAUGUGCAAGACAUUAGGCAAGCUGUUCGAUUUGCAGUAUCUGAUCUGAAGGGCCAAGAACUCUUGCCCGGAUUCUGUCUUCCCAAAGGAAUCACGCCAAUUUUACCUAUCUUCCGAGAGGCCAUAUUGAACGGUCUGCCGGAGGCAAAGGAACACGCUGCUCAAGGAUUGGGAGAAGUCAUAAGGUUGUCGAGCGCGUCCGCAUUGCAACCAAGCGUGGUGCAGAUCACCGGCCCGCUCAUCCGAAUUCUCGGCGAUCGUUUUAACUGGAGCGUCAAGGCGGCCGUACUGGAGACACUCGCGAUAUUGCUUGGAAAAGUUGGUGUUAUGCUGAAACAAUUUUUGCCACAACUACAAACUACCUUUCUGAGAGCUUUGAACGACAGCAAUCGACAAGUCAGAUUAAAAGCAGCGUAUGCUCUCAGUAAUUUGAUUGUCAUCCACACACGUGUAGAUCCUUUAUUCACGGAGCUUCAUACCGGUAUUAAGACAGGAGAUGAUCCAGCGAUAAGGGAAACGAUGUUGCAAGCUCUCAGAGGCGUGCUAACGCCCGCUGGCGACAAAAUGACCGACCCGAUGAAGAAGCAAGUAUUCGCGACGCUCAGCAGUAUGCUGAGUCAUCCGGAGGACGUAACGAGGAACGCAGUUGCUGGUUGCUUUGGCGCCCUGUUACGCUGGUUAAGCCCAGAACAGCUGGCGAUCGCGUUUAAUGAUCAUCUUUUAUGUAACGAUGUCAACGCAGACUGGAUGCUCAGACACGGACGUUCGGCCGCGCUUUUCGUAGCGCUGAAGGAAUCACCCGCCACAGUAUACAAUCCCAAGGAGAAGGACCGCGUGUGCGCGGUAAUACUCUCAUACUUGGCCGCAGAUAGAGUGCAAAUAGUCAUGAACGGCGUGAGAGCGUGCGGGUAUCUGUUUCAAUAUCUCAUGAAUGAGGCACAGUCUGUACCGCAGCAGAUUCUGUCGCCCUUCGUCAGGUCGAUGAACAACAAUAGUAACGACGUGAAACAGCUGCUUGCUCGAGUUUGCAUUCACCUUGCACGCAAUAUACUGCCCGAAAAGAUGUCGCCCGAGCUGCUCAGGUCACUUUUACCGAUGUUGGUGAACGGGACGAAAGAGAAGAACGGAUAUGUCAAAGCCAACAGCGAACUCGCGCUUAUCGCGGUGCUCCGAUUGAGACAGGGUGAAGAGGAACACCAGCGAUGUAUGGCUUUCCUGGAUGCUGGUGCAAGGGAAUCUUUAUCUGACGUAGUUAGCAAAGUGUUGCGUAAGGUUCUCUCUCAACCGGAGGGCAAAAUAGAAGAACUAGACGACACGCUACUCACGUGAGAGACGUUGUACUUCCCGAGUUUUACUACGCACUAUAUCCAUUUCAAUAACCGUACUACUAUUCUAUGUCAUUAUUCACUCGAUCCUUGCCGAGAGGUAUAUCGUUCAUGUAUUAGUUACAUUAUGAACAAGUUAGUUCGUUCAACACUGUAUCUCGAUAAGCAAUUAAAGAACGUGAAGCGUAAAUCGCUCGGUCGCUCGAUGGGGUUCAAGUUACUUAAAAUUAAGAUAUCCUGAAAAAAGUAUCAAGCGAGUCGGACGAGGACUGUAUAUAUUUCGCGAGAGAUAUCCUGUGCGAUUCACACAUCGGUGGCCUGAGAGUUAGAACGUCGAUCAUUAGAUUCGAAUCAUGCAUGGAUAUUUUCUUCUAUUCCAUGAGAUUAGGGAUCUCCGUUAUCGAUUUUCUUUUUAUUGGAAACAUGAAACUUAUUAUUCAUUAUUUUAUUCGCCAUGUUGGGCUACUUAAUUACUCAAUCAAUUUUUUGUACAUAUGAUACACAUAUAAUAUAUAGUAUAUUAUUAUGUUAUGUUUGCAUCAAUAAUGAAUCUUUCUUUUGUUUCCUAUAAACUAAGAAUAAAAAUUCAGAAUUAAUCGCUUCUGCUUAAGAACCAAUGUUUUACAGACAUUUAUCAAAUUGUAUAGAACUAUGUACCUGGUUUUAUCGAGAAUACUGACAAUGUGUUUUUAAAGUUA